AUGCGGCUUCCAUCUAUCUCCUCUCGCGAGAAGUCGGAUACUGAAGAUGGCGAGAAGGCUGGUCAACGUCGGCUGGAAUAUUCUCCCAGCAGCAGGGCGAAGUGCAUCGGAACGCUGUGCAAGGGCACUGACAUUGCAAAGGGCGAGCUCAGGCUGGGAACUCUCAAAAAUUACGCUGAUGGGAAACUGUGGUACAAAUGGCGUCACUGGGGCUGUGCGACGCCGAUGGUGAUCAAACACCUAAAGAAAUCGGUCGAAAUCGCGGACGAAAUCGAUGGCUUCCAUGAGCUGCUCCCAGAAGACCAGGAAAAGGUACAGAAAGCCUGGGCGGAAGGCAAGAUUGCGGACGAAGACGUUUUCAAGCCUGCAAAGAAGCCCACUGAAGAAGAGAAAGAAGAGAAGGGUAAGGAUAAGGUGAAGAAGAAGGCAAGAAAACCCAAGGAGUAG